GUAGAAGAAGAAGACGAGGCGAAUGGUUGUUGAUGUUUUGCUUCCUGAUUUCAGCGUGAAAUCAAUAAAUUAGUGAAGAAAGUGGAACAAAACUGAAGUCUGGCAGCGAUACAGGUGUGCUGCUGGAUGAAGCCUCCGACAAACUUUGAUAAGGUGUGGACUUUAUGGCUGUAUUCACAUCAUAGCAUCGCCAAACGGGUGCACAACUUGUGGACAUUUCUGCCUCACAUAGAAUCGACUCGCCACAAAGUGAGCCAGUCAUGGUGCGUGUUUACAACUGCCAUCCGUUUGCCUCCCAGCAGAUUGUACAGGUUGAACAGGAGCCUGGACUGAUCUGCUGUGGAGGCGGAGCCCUCUUUGUCUUAGCCAGUGGAGGAUGUAAGGUGGAGGUCUACAGUCUGGAGCAGGAAGGCUGUCCCCUCUUGUGUCGCUUUGCCACCAUGGGGACUGUGAAGAACAUCCAGCAUAGCAAAAUAGGAGAUUAUCUGGUGACCAUUGAGGAAAAAAAUGGUGCCACCUACCUGAGAGCCUACACCAACUGGCGCUACCAGGCGCAGGAGAAGGCCCGUGUCGGGGUGCGUUUGUUGGGUCACCUGCUGCGUGGCGCCUCAAUGCGGGGUGGCGUUCAGACGGAGAUUAUUGAGAUUCCACUGUCAGAGCGCCCUCUUGCUGUCGCGUGCUGCUCGAUAACUGGGGACCUUCUGGUUGGCUGUGACAACACUCUGGUUCUGUUCACUUUGAGGAGACAGAACCUGAGUCAGCAGAGCACUGUGAUCCCUGGACCUGACACCCAGCAGAGUACCAAUAUCAACCAGGGGCAAACCAGCACUCCAAACCGGACUUUUUCCAUCUUGGACUUUGAACGUUCUGUCAUCUUGCAUCUUCAAAGAGUUACUCCUAAACAGGUGGCGCUGUGUGGUGGGUAUGUAGCAGUGCAGACAGAGCUGGAGGUCCUGGUACUAAAACUGGAUGUGACCUCUGAUUGUAAAAAUGAAGAGGAAGCCCCAGACUUGCAUAAAACUGGAGAUAACGAUGAAGACCAGAUGGAUUUCCUGCUGCUUCCAAGACACCAGGAGUUGACUGGUGAUCGAGCCAGGGACUGUGGCAUCUCUGUGACCAUUGAACAAACUGGACUGGAGGACGGGAGACAAUACACAACGUCAUACAUUUUCUACAGACGUUUCACUCCAGACAUUUCUCAAGGCUGCAGUGUGGAGGAGACUCAGCUACACUCCCUACAGCUCCACCCGCUGUUCACCCGUAACCAGUCAGUGUGUCUGGAGGAACCAGCAUGUGUGUUCUGCUUCUUCUCACUGCCCGCCACUGGUUACCUGUACAGCCUGAGGGGUGAAGUUGAGCUGCUUUCGACCUAUCAGUAUCCAGAGAAGGUCCUAGAGGCGGUGCUGACAGACCACCUGCUGCACGUCAUGACCAAGAGUGCAUUACAGUGUUUCACGGUGCGCUGUGCAGCAGUAGCAGUGAGGAUUGAGGAUCCUUACAUCGACACCACCAUGAGGGCGUGUCCCCCUAGCAACCUGGAGGUGUGUGCGCUCAGGAUGCAGCUGUUUAUUGGCCUCCGCUCAUUGUGUGUCUACGGCCGACACGUCAUCCUGCUCUCUGCCGCUGACACGAACACACCAGAGGAGUCUGAACACAACACCAAGCGCAGAGGCCUCGAGUUGAAAGAACACAACAAGCUGACUGGUAUUUUCCUGGCAGUGGGAAUCGAUCCCUCAACCAUGCCAGCUCUGGAGAGCCUUCUAACGCGUCCCAUCUUUAGGAAGUGGACAGGCUCUUCUCUCAGAGAGACCAGCGGGACAGGACAUGGCUGGAACGUGUAUGUGGUCGACACGGUCUCCCCCAUUGCUCUGUAUCGAGAGAUGGUCGAAUACAGUCAGUGCUAUGCGGAGACCAGUGUACGUGCACACAGCUGUCGCCACCUCCUCAGUGAAGCACACCUCCUUCUCCGCGCCUCCUUACUCCAGCCAACAAAGCAGCAGCAAAACAACAGUGAGGGUGCGCACAGGGCGCCACAGCAGACAGAAUCAGAUGUGUGCAAAGACAGAGUGGAACUAGAAAAGGCCUUCAGGGAGAACUGUGCCCACCUGGGAGAUUGUUUCAGCAGAGGCAGCCACAAGGACUGUCAUCUGGCUUUGCCCUACUACAGGAUGUCCGGCUUGUCAGUCUCAGACGUCGUCAUCAGAAACCGCCCACUUCCCAGCAGCCCCUACUUAUACGGGCCUGGCUUCUUGCUCUACCUGAAGCAUUACCUGUUGGAAGAAGCAGACCAAUGUCUGAGUCAGGAAGUAGCCGAUGAGGUCAUUGACAUCUUUAGCCAAUCAGAGCCUUCGCAGGUCAUCAGCGUGUGCAACAGCCCGGCCAUGCUUCACGUCAGUCCUGCCCGUACGCUGCAAGUGCUGCAACAUCUGGAGAACACUGUCGGUGUGUCAGUUCCACUUACACUCACCAUGGCAACCAUGGUGCUAUGUUUGGGUGACCUAGCACAUUACACAGAACUGAUGGACAGACACGCUGAGAUGCUGCUGGUGUACGGUUUCAUCGAGGAGCCCAGGCUGUUGGUGCACGGUAGCCGUGGAGGAAAGCACACACACAUUUGUCCGACAAGGUUGGCUCGUCAGCUGGAGAGCUCCCAGCCAGGACUGCUGGUGGCGGCCAUGGUGGCUUUGCACGAGAAUAACAAAGUACAGCUGGAACAGGCUGACCACAUAUUCAAGGAGUUGGGAUGUGAGGACUGUAUGCUGGUGGAUUUCUGGGAGGCGACACUCAUGGCGUCCUCACAGGAAGUUGUCAUUCAGGAGCUGUUAUUUCGAUUGGUUUCCAUCUACAUCGACAGGCUGACGCACCCCCACUCCGACACGACUUCGGACGCGGCUGCCGGUCCUCUGAGCAGAAAGCCCCUGAAGACGGCCGACGAUCUGAUAAACUCGUGCUCCCAUUUUGGCGCUCUGUAUCCAUGGCUCAGUGUCCUCAGCCCGGCAUACACUACUACGUCCCAACAGCAGGAGGUGCUAUACAAACUGCAGUCUCUCCUGUGCGGGCCGUCGUCUGUGUGCUCUGUCGUUCCGCUGCUGGAGCGAGUAUCAGAGGAAACCUUAUGGGGCUUCAGCCUGCACCUCCUUUGUGCCACCAGAAGAGGGCAGUAUGAAAGAAGCAUUGAAAAGCUGCUGGACCGAUGUCCUCAGGCCAUCAUAGCCUACGGCAACCACCAGCUGCAGGAUCACAACAUGGCCUUGUGGUGGCAGAAGCUGCUCCCAGAGCUCUGUAACCGGACGAGAGCGGCAGCAGACAACAGCAUCCUCCUGGCGGCCCUCAGAGAGACGCUGGUGGUGGUUGCCAUGGAGAUUAGCCCCACAGAGUUCCUGGAGCUGAUACCUGACGAUGGCACAGCAUCGUACUUCCUCCCUUAUCUGCUGAUGUGCAGCCAGAAGCACCUGCUGGUCUGACAGGCACCAGCACAGCAAAGUAUAUCUGAAGACUGCUUUCUACACUUUACUGCUCCUUGAAAAA